CCUCUGGAAUAAGGCCAGGCAAGCCCACAGGAUGAAUCUUGGUCCUGGUCGGCAAUAGACCACAAAGUCCACCACGGCGCACUUUAGAAAUUGGUAGUUCUACAGUACGCAUCAUCUUUCCAAUCAUCGUCUCAAAGACAAAAACUAUAUCCAAGUCUCCAAGAGUAAUUAGAAUAUACAUAUAUAUAUAUAUAUAUAUAGAUCCUUCGUCAGCAAGUAAAAUUGGGGGUGGGGGAAUUAAACGCGUCCCAUCCGUUUAUAGAGGAGCAGGUAAUAGGGGUUGCGAAUUGUGAUCUGUGAGCUUCUGGAGUGGUUCAGUCAUGUCGAUGCUCGAUUCCUUAUUCAACAAGGGCUUCAAAGCGGCUAGAUGUAAGACCCUACUAAAACUGACGAUUCCACGCAUAAAGUUGUUGAGGAAUAGGAGAGAGAUACAGAUAAAGCAGAUGCGACGAGACAUUGCGAAGCUUCUUGAGACUGGUCAAGAAGCCACAGCUCGGAUUCGGGUUGAGCAUAUUAUAAGAGAAGAGAAAAUGAUGGCUGCACAAGAAAUAAUUGAGCUAUUUUGUGAGCUUAUUACUGUCCGUCUUCCAAUUAUUGAAACACAGAGGGAAUGUCCUUUGGACUUGAAAGAAGCAAUAUCAAGUGUCUGUUUUGCUGCACCAAGAUGUGCUGAUCUGCCAGAGUUGAUGCACGUUCAUAUGUUAUUUGCUACCAAAUACGGGAAGGAAUUCGUAUCAGCUGCGACUGAGCUCAUUCCAGAAUGUGGUGUCAAUCGCCAGUUAAUAGAAUUGCUCUCUGUUCGUGCUCCUGCUCCUGAUGUGAAACUGAAGCUACUGAAGGAAAUUGCAGAAGAGCACGAGUUGGAUUGGGAUCCUGCUGCCUCUGAAACAGAAUUAUUGAAGCCACACGAAGACCUACUGAAUGGGCCAACACAGUUCGUUAGUGGGUCUAAAUUGCUGCUUCCCAAAGAAAAGCAUGAUGAGACAUUGUACUCUGCAUUCGAACAAGCCCCCAUUGAACAGUCUGAUUCUGAUGCAGACAUCGACCCAUUAGAUCUUCCUGCAGUUCCCAAGGCAUUGGUACGGCCAACUGGGGAUACUGUCUCAGCACCAGAAACAACACUCCCUGAGAUCAAUCAUGAAUCAGCCAAAAAUGAUGGAAAGAAUGAGAAUCUAUUACAUGAACCUCACUUGGAGCCAGAGGAAGUGUUGCAGGAGACAUCAGUUGCAACUAAAAUUGAAUCUCCCAAUACUGCAGUUUGUCCUACGGAAGAGAAGCAGUUUGUGCCUUUCAUAUCUCCUCCAUCACUGUCUUCUAAAUCAUUUUCCACCAAACAAAGUGAUCCGCGUUCCUUCCUUUCAAGGACCAAAAGUGAGGCCAACGUAGAUUUGCAGGAUGUAUUGGCUGCUGCACAGGCUGCAGCUGAAACAGCUGAACGGGCAGCUGCUGCUGCUCGCUCAGCUGCCAGUCUUGCUCAGGUAAGAAUCAGUGAACUUGUCAGGAAAAAGAGCGAGGAGACCAGUGAUUGCAGCACUGAGAAUCCGUUCCAUGAAGACACUAUUCAAUCAACUGAGACAAAGAUGCCACAUCUAGAUCAUCAAAACUCUUCUGGUUUUUUAAAUAGUUUUUCCAAUCCCCCAAGCUCUCACCAAGACCACGAAAAACCCCCGGGGCAACAGCCAUCUGAUGUUCCUACAUAUGACAAUCCCAAAGUUGAAUUUGAUUCUUUUCCCAGCAAUCAUGUUCUUGGACAUGAGCCUGAAUACAGCCAGUUUCAGAGGUUGACCUCUUUGGACGAUGAGACCGACUUCUCGUACCCAAACUUGUUUGGAUCACAGGAUUCAAAUCUCGGGUCUGGUGUUCGUCCAUCAACAGAUAAGUCUUGAUCAACCCAUGAACUUUGAGUGGGACUUUCUAUCAAUCAUACAGCUCUCUGUAGCUUAUGUCAUGCGUAUUCUAUAUUGUGCAGUAAAUUUUCUAUUGCCAAAUUAUGGUACCAGUUUGAGUGUUGUGGCUGCCUUUGUGUUCAUGAAAUGUAGGGUUAAGAACAUUCAACUGCUUCUGCAAAAGAUGAGCCAUCCGGGGCGGUUUGUUGUUCAUCCUAAGUGAGCUUUUAGGAACAUUUGAUGUGUAAAAUGCCUUAAUUUAUAGAUGGGAAUAAGGUUUUCUUCAUUCCUUUCACAGGUAUGUUUUUUUGUGAUUAUCUUGGUAUAAAUAAAUUCUCAUACAACAUGAUGUAAAAUAUAUCUCACCAUAUUUCAGUAACCAGCAAUAGCCUUUUGUUAACGAAAUUCAAUUAUUUUGUUUUGAGGAA